AUGGAUUCGAGAAAAGAAAUGAACAACAUGGAGAAGGCAACAAAGACUCCAAAAGAUCGCCAUCUGAAAGUUGGAGGCCGUGAUCGUCGCAUCCGUCUUCCACCGAGUGUUGCUCCCCAGCUAUUCAAUUUGACAGAUGAACUCGGCUUCCAAACAGAUGGCCAAACCGUCGAUUGGCUCCUUCGUAAUGCCGAACCGGCUAUUUUUGCCGCCACGGGCCACGGCAUCAGCACCACCCCAAAUGAUGUUAUCCACUCAUCUUAUAACAAUUUUCAUAAUUAUGAUUUUAAUUGUGGUAACAACUGCACCAUCAAUGGUAACAACACCAUUAAUGGUACCAUUGAUGGUGAUAAAUUGACGGGCGUAAAUACUGUUCAUCAUGAGAUGGUCUUUCCGGUCGGUACAAUGAAAGAACAUGCGGCUUCAUCUACUUUUCCGGUGAAAGAUAAAGAAGAUGUGUCAGAUAUGUCGAUGCUACCGCCAUUGAUGCACCAUCAACAACAGCAGGAACAAGAGCCACAACCACAGUUUGAGCUUGGGAAGGUGGAGAUGGCGGCCGAUGAGAAAAUAUAUGUUUGGAGUGAGUAA